AUGCACAAGAAUUACUACUCGAACACAGACGUUUACACAAAGCAUAAAGACUCGGAAGGUCUGAGAAAGAAAGCUUUAAUAUCGAGAAGAUCAUCUUUUUUUUCAUUUUUCAAUGACUCGUCUGGUUCGAAUGGGAAUGAGCUCAUAGGUUUUAGACGAUUUGCCAAAGCUUAUCUGUUUGGUGGCGAGGCAGGUUCAUGUGGUACCGAUUCCUAUACACCCGUUAGGGCAAAUGUGAACAAGAGGCGUCCAAAAAAAGAGGAUAGAAAUGUUCAACAGCUUUGGAAAAGACAGCACCAUUCACAAGGUUGUUUUUUUUCCAUAGACGGUGACAGUAAUAAGGAAACAGAAGCACCCGUCAAUAAAUUUUAUGAGAAUGGCGAAUACAUUAAUCAGGAUUUAGUUGUUAAGGGAAAAAUAUAUCCAGAAGAAACAGGGGUUGCUGAUAAGAAAAUAGCAGGUUGUCAGAAUCCCGGUUUUCUCAAAACAAGAUCAAUUUCAAUAAACGAUAUACCGCGCGGCACAGGGAUUUCUAGUGUACUGUCCCAAGUGCGUGGAGGUUCAUUGGAAAGGAUUGUUGUUUAUAGAUACGAUACUCCAGAACGUUCUUUGCAUAAGGUUGACCUUUUCUUCUUAAACUACGACGGGGCCCAGUCAUUUAUGAGAUACGCAAAAACAAAUAUUUUUAAAGUUAAUGGAGUUCAACUAAAGCCAGAAUGGAUAUUCCUAGAGAGUACAUAUGAAAAUGUUAUGAAAGAACAAUCUGUAAACAGAAUCGUAGAGGGGGAAAAGCUCAUAUCAAGGUGUCUUAUAGUGAAAAAAAGCUCGACAAAAACAACACUUAACAAAUCGAAUCUGGACAAAGGGCAAACUCUGGAAAACAUCGAUAUUCGGGAAUUAGAAAAAGAUUUUCAAAAUUUUGGGGAGGUUUUAGAAAUCACACCUAUUGUAUCAAGAAAACUAUGCAUUUCUAUAUUCUUUUACGAUAUUUCCAGUGCUAUGAGAGCCAUGGAAGAAUACGAACAAAAGGGCUCAUAUCUAAAUAAUAAAUACUUUAAAACAUGGACAAUAUGGUACGGGAAAGAUAUUACAGACCAGCCUUGUAUUGACUUGUAA